CUUCCGGGUAGAGGAGUCCCAGCUGCUCCACGUGGGUGCCUGCUUGCUGCUCUCUGACAGCGAUGGAUUCUGUGCCUGAGGAAGUGAGGGCGCUCCUGGUGCAGCACCCCAGCCUGGAGCUCAUACAGGGCGGCAAGGUGAAAUGUAAGUUAACUGGCCAUGAAUUGCCAUGCAGACUUGCUGAACUCAAAGUCUUCACAGAAGGGAAAAAAUACAAGAAGCUGAACUCUUCUGGCUCCUAUGAUUACAGUGUCUUCAAACCACAUAUAGUCGUCAGCACUAAAAAUCCAAAGCAGCUGUUUUGCAAACUAACACUUCGUCACAUGAACAAAAUCCCAGAAGAGGUUCAGAGGCAUAUCGAGGGCAAGCGCUAUCAGAAAGCUCUGAUAAAAUAUCAGGAAUGUCAGAAGGAAGGAAAGGAAUAUGUACCGGCUUGCCUUCUACAAAAGAAAAGACAGAAGCAUUUUGGUGGUGAUGGACCGACGGGUAAAAAAGAUACGUGGGAGCCAACGAUUAGCAACUCCGAGGACAGCGAUUCAGGGGACAGCAUGAGUGACUUGUACCCAGACAAACUAUUCACAAAGAAGACCACUAAGGACGAGUUGAAUGGAAAUAUUAAGUCAAGUGAUGAAGAUAUGGAUGUGGACAGUGUACCAACUCAGAACAGAAAUAAACGUCAACAGAAGCAGAAGGGCCCAGCCCAGAAGAAGUUUAAGAAACAUCAUCAGAAAGCCAAGCAUUUCAAGAAGUCAUCAGGAAAAUGAUUUAUAUUAAUGUUUCUUUAGUAUUUUUUCUUUUACUAACCAUUAAAAUAAGUAUUGUGUUAUUUAUGUAGCC